AUGGUCCUUGUUCUUGAGCUCGAAAUAUCCAUCUUCCAGCCAAGGGCAAGCGAAAGAUCUCUCGAAUUCUUCGCUGCGGGGCUGAAAUCUUGUGGAAAUGCGAGCGAUCUGCCUGCCGCAAGGGAGAUCCAUGCCCAGAUCGCCCGUAGCGAGCAUCGCCACAGCCGCUACCUCGCGAAUCUGGCGAUGGAAAUGUAUGGCAAAUGUGGGCGACCCGACGAAGCACGGAUUGUUCUUGAGAGCAUCCUCGAGCCAAACGUUUUUUCGUGGACAAUCAUGCUCAAUGCUUACGCCCAUAACGGAUUGAUCGAUGAGACCAAGUGGUUCUUCGAUCAAAUGCCCGAAAGAAACAUCGUGGCCUGGUCUGCCAUGAUCAAAGCCUUUGCCUCAAUAGGGCAUGUUUGCGACGCUCAAUUGGUGUUUGAUCGAAUGCCUGGAUGGAAUGUGAUUACCUGGAAUGUGAUGAUCGCUGCGUACGUAGAUCAUGGACACUUCCAAAAAUCAAAAGAACUCUUUGAUUCAAUGCUGGAGCGUGAUCUUGUCUCGUGGCUCAAGAUGCUCCAAGCAUUUGCCUUCUGUGGGGAAAUUAAUCGCGCGAAGGAGAUUUUUGAUAGAAUGCCCGAGCACAGCGUAGAAUCAGCAACCGCAAUGCUGGUUGCAAGUUCCCAGGGCGGUGAUCUAGUCGCUUCCAAGAAACUCUUUGAUUCCAUUCCAAAUCCAUCCCUGGUUUCUUGGAACUCAAUGAUCGCCGCAUUUGCCAGCGGCGGCAAAUCCACCAUAGCCAAGCUCAUGUUUGAUACUCUUCCACAGAGAAACAUAGCCUCGUGGAAUAUACUCCUCCACGAGCACUCUCACGGUGGGAAUCUCCACGAAACUCAUCGCUUCUUCGGUGAGAUGCCAGAGUGGGACGUGAUGAGCUGGAAUUCGCUGAUUCGCGCCUAUGGCAUCCAUGGAAUCUCCCGCGAGGCAAAGCUCCGGUUCGAUUCCAUGCCCGCGAGGGAUCCAAUGACGUGGGCUCUACUGAUGCAGGUAUAUGCCCAGGACGGGAACAUUCUGCUAGCCAAGGCUCUGUUUGAGAAUAUGCCAGAGCACACGGUGGCGGCGUGGAACGCGCUGCUAACGGUAUAUACCCGAAAUGGGAAUCUCGAGCGAGCCAAGGAGGUGUUUGAGAGAAUGCCCGAGAGAGAUACGGUGGCUGGGAACGAGAUGAUCGCGGCAUUGUCUCGCAAUGGGGAGCUCCGAGCAGCACUCGAUCUCUUCAAUCGGAUGGAGCACUGGCGAGACAUUGUGUCGUGGAAUUCGAUCCUGGCGGGAUUGAUCCACGCGGGGCAGAUCCAAGACGCGGAGCUCCUGUUCGCGCAGAUGCCUCGCUGCGACGUUGUGACAUGCAACACGAUGAUCGCCGCGAGCUCCCGGCUGGCGGAUUCGGCCAAGAUCUUCGAGGCGAUGCUGGAGAGGGACGUGAUCUCCUGGACCGCAAUGCUGGGCGCCCUCGGGAGGGGCGAUCGCCUGGAGGAAGCCAAGCUCCUGUUCGAUCGGAGAAUGCCCGAGUGGAGCCUCGUGUCGUGGAACGAGCUCCUGGCGGCCUUCUCGCGCUCCAGCGGCACGAUCGAAAUCGCCGCUUCCAUCUUCGCGCGCAUGCCCGAGAGGGACACCAUCUCCUGGAAUUCCCUCAUCACGGCCUACGUCCGGAGCGGCGACUUCAGCAGCGCCAAGAACGCAUUCGAUCGAGUCCCAGCGCCCGACGUCGUCUCGUGCAACGCGAUGAUCGCCGGAUUCGUGGAGAAUGGACACUUCGUCCAGGCGGAGAUGAUGUACGGCUCCAUGAGCCAGCGCGACAGGGUGACACACAACACCAUGAUCGCGCUCUACGCACGGAACGGGGAUAUGCCAACCGCGAGGAGGAUAUUCGAUGGUAUGCCCGAGCGGGACAUGGCGUGCUGGGCGGGCGUGAUCUCGGGGUAUGCCCAGGCCGGGCAUCCCCGCGACGCGAUCGAUCUCUUCCGGGCGAUGGAGAUGGAAGGCCUGGCACCCAACGAAUUCCUCUUCACGGACAUCUUGAGCGCUUGCAACCACACGGGACUGGUCCGUGAGAGCUGGCGCUACUUUGCGCUCAUGGCCAGGGAGCACGCGAUUCCUCCCUCGAUCCAGCACUUUUGCCUGAUGAUCGAUGCGCUGGGACGAUCCGGGAGGCUGGACGAAGCCCAGGAUGUGAUCCAGGCGAUGCCGUUUUUCCCCGAUGGAGUUGCGCUAAACACUUACCUUGGGUCGUGUAAGAUCCACCACGAUUCACAGGGAGCCGCGAGCAUAGCCCGGCAAGCGAUUAUAGGAGGAAGAUUAGCGGGAAAGAAUGUAGAAGAAACCAUAGCCGCGCCUCAUGUUCUAUUGUCAAACAUUUAUAUGGCGAUCAAGUGA